AGCAGAGACUCAAAUUGUCAGUGGGUACUUAGUGUUGCCAUUGUGUUUUUGGAUAAGCCGGUGGUGCAGCACACAGGCUGCUGUCACGCGUGUGUGUGUGUGUGUGUGUGUUAUCAUCAGGUUUGGACGCUAAAAAACUGAAUCACUAUGUCGCUGCCUCCCUGUUGAUUUGUGUCACCAUGAGCGCGAAAAACAAGUCGUCGGAGAAAAGGAAUGGCCCCAAAAGUAAGCUGGAUAAGCUGUUAAAGGAGAGAAAAGGCUCAUUCCCGCUGCUGAUCAAGACGUCACGACCGGAGGCUUUCCCUCACCCCCACCGACUCCCAGCAGAGGGAAACCGGCUCGGAACGAACCGACCCUGCUCACAGAAGUUUGGCCCUGCUGGAGGGACUUUGCCUCAGCUCGAGCCACCGGUGGUCCAGGUGGUGGUCAGCAAUGCCAAAAACCAGCACCAGCAGUCGGACAACAUCCUGCCCCAGAUCGCCAACAAAGGGGGCCAGAACAACUUUCAGAUGCACUCGGACGAGAAGCCGAAGCCCACCCAGCAGUUCAACAUGCGGUUCGGUGCAGGGAUGGAUAAAGUGUCGGCCUCUCGCAACAGCAAGAUUUUCAGCAACAAGGUGGAGAAAGAGAAGGCAUACGAGGGACAGAGAUUACCCAUGUCACCCACAGAGGCACUGAAGAACUUCCAGGACCGGCUGACGGUGUUUGAGCAGGAGGAGAUCAUGGACUACGCAGAGAUCUGGUUCCUCGGUCUGGGCUCUCAGAAGAUCGAGGGAUCCCAAGGAACGCCGCAAAACUCUGGAUAUGACGACGAGCACGGAAGCUACGUCAGGGUGCUGCACGACCACAUUGGCUACAGGUUCGAAGUGCUUGAAGUGAUCGGGAAAGGCUCCUUUGGGCAGGUCCUAAAAUGUCUCGACCACAAAACCAACGAACUCGUAGCCAUCAAGAUGAUACGCAAUAAGAAAAGGUUUCACCACCAAGCUCUGGUCGAGCUGAAGAUCCUGGAUGUAAUAAAGCGGAAAGACAAAGACAACCUGCACAACGUCAUCCACAUGAAGGAGUACUUCUACUUCCGAAACCACCUUUGCAUCUCCUUUGAGCUCCUCGGGGUCAACUUGUACGAGCUCAUCAAAAAAAACAACUUUCAGGGCUUCAGUCUCGCUCUCAUCCGUCGCUUCGCCCACGCUCUCCUCAGGUGCCUGCAGAUGCUGCACAGGGAGAAGAUUAUCCACUGUGACCUCAAACCGGAGAACAUCCUGUUGUCUCAGAGGGGGCCGGGGAACAUCAAGGUCGUGGACUUUGGGUCAAGCUGUUACGAACAACAAAGGGUGUACACCUACAUCCAGAGCCGCUUCUACCGCUCCCCGGAGGUGAUCCUGGGUCACCCCUACAGCAUGGCCAUUGACAUGUGGAGCCUGGGCUGCAUCCUCGCUGAGCUCUACACCGGCUAUCCUCUUUUUCCAGGAGAGAGCGAAGUGGAGCAGAUAGCUUGCAUAAUGGAGGUUCUUGGAAUGCCUCCAAACGAUUUUGUCCAGUCAGCAUCAAGGAGGAGGUUGUUCUUCGACUCCAAAGGAAACCCGAGGAACAUCACUAACAGCAAAGGGAAGAAGCGGAGGCCCAACUCGAAGGAGCUGCCGGCCGCUUUGAAAUCGAAUGACGCUUUAUUCUUAGACUUCAUCAAAGGCUGCCUCACUUGGGAUCCAACCAAGCGGAUGACUCCUGACGAGGGGUUGCAGCAUGAGUGGAUCCUGGAGGGGAACUUCAACAAAGUGCGGCCGAGAACCAGGCCCGUUGUGAAGAAGGCCUCGGACAGUUCGACCAACACAGACAGACAAAUUAUUAGCAAGCCUGAGAGGGUCAGCUCAGAGACGAACACCAACGACAAGCUGAAGAGAGACGUCUCCGAAUCAGGAACAAAGACGGCACCUGCCGAGCGCCUGCGGCCCAUUGGGGCGUCAGCAGAGGAGGAGGUGUGUGAGGGCGAUGGCAAGCUCUCCACGGAAACCAUACAGCAAGGAGGUGGCGUAAGGCCCGUUCACAUCAUUAUCAAACCUCAAGAGGAAGUGGGCACGGAGAGAAAAGACAGCCAGGAACCAUCUCAGUGUUUGCCACCUAUCAUGUAACAGCCCGAGCGAAAUGCGCUGCGUUUGUGACAAGUGGGAACUGGGGACACUCGGACUCAGGGUCCCACUCCCCCACCCGACUGGCUGAGUUGCUGCAGUGCAAGUAAAAGGACAAGCUGCAAGGAAGAUGGAUUUUUUUUGGACCCUGAGCACACAAAAAAAAAUUAAAAGAUCCUUCGAGCUGUUGUAGUCAACAUGAUGUCAUCUGAUAGAGAAGUCAGAGUUCCUGAGUUUCCGGUGGAAAGCAGCUCAAGACGACAUCACCUACCAGUUCCCACGUGCCAUGAACAAAACACUGAUGUGUGGUGGGGACACACCCAUCAUACAUCUUUUAUUUAUUGUUUUAGGUACGCAGUCAUAGUGUAUUAUUUUUAUUCUGUGAAACUUUGAGUUUGUGUGACAGUGAGGUCAAUCAACCAGUUGUUAAUUUUAUUUUUAUUUUUUACAUAAAGAAGUUAAGAUGCUGUUGCAGGCAGGCGUUUGGUUCAAAUGUGUCACUGUGGAGACAUCACUCUAAGCUAAGUCUGCCAUAUAAAAAUGUUACGUUUGGAUCAAAUGGUUAAAAUUCUAAUUCAUUCUACAGAAAAAAAAACUCAUUGCUGCACAAUCUUUGCUGCGCAUUGACGUAUCAGUUAAAAAACAAUGUCGCUGACUGUUUUUUUUUUAAGUGCGUGGGUAGAAAAUCUGAAGGAUGAUUUGGAGGAUUGUUUGCAAUAAAGGCUGAGCCAAAAAAAUAUCUUCUUUUUUAAAAUUGUGUUGACAAAGAAAUAAUUGUCAUGUACUUUGUAAUUGUUGAUUGUGAGAAUGAUUACCUAUUGAUUAUUAAUUGUUCUUAUUUAUUAUGGAAUAUAUUUGAUCCUUUGUUGAAUAUUUGUGCAAAAAUUUAAUUGAUAAUCAUAAAACAUGUAUUUGUAAUAGAAUUGAUUGUAUAUAUUUCUGCUGUCAUUUCUUAUAUUUGUGUAAUACAGGACUUAUUUUGAGAAAAUAUUGAAGAUAUUUGUUGAGGUUUUAGACAAGGUUUUACUUGUUGUGUUGUGACUGUAUGAAAAUAUUUUUGUUGUUAUUCAUUAUAUUUUUUACAUUAGAAACAAAAUGACAAUCCUACUAUUGAUAGUUUGUGCCUUGCAGUAUUAGAAAUCUUGCACUUUACUAUUGUGUGCGUGAACAGCUGGAUUAGAAACGAUUAUAUUCGGACGGACAAGAGUUCAGACGACCUCGCCAAGGUCCCUCUUAUUUGACAAAAGUAUGUCUCUGCUAAUGUUACAGGACAUUCAUCAUCUUUUUACACCUUAUUUAUGUUUUUAGUAGCCAACAGAGAUCAAACUUAAAUUGAAGAUAGACCCGUUCCCUUUUUAUCUAUUAGCUAAGCAAGCAGCGAUCCCGAAGAGGAUGGACUGCAGCUGGGAAAAAAGUCAAGAAAAGUAACUUUUUAUGUCUUUUAUGUUUAAUAAAAAGCUGUUUCAAAGAAAA